AUGACGCGAACAUUCUCAUUCAACCCCGAGGCCAUGAUUAGGCGGGUUGCCAAGUUGCCAGGCAUCCGGUGCCCCAAAUGCUUCGCUCGCGGCAUUGAAGUUUGGUAUUUCGAACCAAAGCCACCACAACCUAGCAUUGGCUCUGAGCAGGCCAAGUACGCCGCACGAGCCUCGAGUUGGGCCGUGCUCGGACAGGAAGGGAAGAUUUCUGCAGCGUGCCUCAGCGUUACAGGGUCUACCCUGCUCAUCGCGUUGGAGUUUCUUGGAAGCGCGGAACCGCCACCACCGCCACGGGGUCGAAAUCUACCGAAGCUCGACACGUCGGCCAAGAUGAGUGCCGACAGAGCCUCCCUCGCCCUCGAUAUCGGCAAGGCGACACUGGUGCAGCACUGCCAGCCACGCGGCCAGCUCUGGCAGCUCAGCCGACGGAUGGGGAGUAAAUGGGUCGCCUACGGGCCGGCUCACCAUGUUUUCGGCCAAAAGGGAGACAACUGA